UCAGAUCUCGCUCGUUAUCCGCUGACACAAAAACAGAGAAAAAAAUCCGACUGGAAAUUCUCAAAUGGCGCUUCUCAACGUCUCCAUCUGCUCUUCCAAACUCCCCCCAAAACCCUUCCUCUCUCUCCCCCAUAAACCUCACCCUUCCCGCCAACACCUCCCUCUCUCCGCCAGCUAUCCUCCGCCCCAGGUUGUAAAGAAUCGCCUGGAAACUUCUGGAAGUUCUGUGUUGUCACUGGGAGAGUCCGUCUGUAAGGCGAGCCUUAUCGCUCUGCUCUCGGCCUCUCUGUUCGUAGCCAAUCCUGCAUUCGCCUUUAAGGGUGGGGGUCCGUACGGUGCGGAGGUGACUAGGGGCCAGGACCUCACCGGCAAGGACUUCAGCGGCAAGACUUUGAUCAAGCAAGACUUCAAAACGUCGAUAUUGAGGCAAGCGAAUUUCAAAGGCGCCAAGUUAUUAGGUGCUAGCUUCUUUGAUGCUGAUUUAACAGGGGCUGAUCUUUCUGAUGCAGAUCUAAGAGCUGUGGACUUUUCUUUGGCCAAUGUGACAAAGGCGAAUCUGAGCAACGCUAACUUAGAAGGUGCAGUAGCCACAGGCAACACAUCUUUCAAAGGGUCAAAUAUUACGGGUGCAGACUUCACAGAUGUGCCUCUGAGAGAAGAUCAACGGGAAUAUCUCUGCAAAGUUGCCGAUGGGGUGAAUCCGACAACUGGAAACCCAACACGUGAAACCUUGCUUUGCAAUUAAUAGAUCAUUGAUCAAAAUAUAGAAAGACAUUGUAAGGAGGGAGUUGGUUAAUAUUGGAUACACGGGAAGCUGCAAUUUUCACGAAUGGAGCUUGUUACUUAAUCUGAUGUAACUAUUGUAUGGUAUGUAGGUAAUUGUUCGUUCCAUUUAUUCAAAUGCAUACAUGAACACACGUAAACUAUGGCCAACCAGGUACGGUUUGAUACAGAUACUUUUAUCAGUUAACUUUUUGUA